UUGUGCCUUAAUCUGAAAUCAUCAAGGUGCUUUUGGAUUCAAGUGACAAAGAAACUGAACUUGAUUGGAAAGAAGACACUAGAAAAGGGAUUCGUUGGUCUCCCAAAGCUUCAACUUUCAAGGAGUUUACCCAUUUAUCGGGGUAAAUAUGUUGCUGAACCUAAGAUCAUCAUGAUAUCAUGGCAGCCCUAGUGCUAGAGCUGGAUUUUUUAUUUCUUUCAACAAGCUUAUUGGUUGUAACAACAUGCGCUCUUCAGAUCAAUCACACGGGGGAGGUGGUGUAUCGUGACAACAGCGUCUAUGGGGUGGUGGACAAAUCUGCGGUUCUGGAAUGUGGAGAAGCGUUGCCCGACUUAUACAUAUGGAGCUUCACUAAGCCUGGUGCUGAAGCCAUCAAAGCAGUGCUAUAUGAUUUGGGGAAAGGACCUAGGAUGCAGAAGUUGGCUAAGAUGGUAGGGCCACUGACUAUCCUACCAAACACAGCCUCUAUAAGCAUUGAAAAACUUCCUCUGGCUGCUCAAGGCUUGUUCACCUGCCAGGCUUUCUAUGACAUCGAAGAUGAGCCUAUAGUUUACUACUAUUAUGUACAUCUGACUGUCCAAGUUCCAGUCAGCAAGCCAUAUCCUGUCAUAAGUGAAGCAUCUCCAGCGGAAGGAUCUACAAUAUGGAUGAACUGCAGUGUGGAAAAUGGCUCUGAACCGAUCCAGUACACGUGGCAACAUAAAACUCUUGAAGGAAACAUCUCCAACUUCUCACAGAGCAACCACAGCAGCAUGGCUAUGACCAGCGUCAGUCGGAACCACACAGGCUGGUACCACUGUGCGGUCACCAAUGCAGUGAACAAUGAGACCUCUGACUGGCUAUUAUUAAAUGUCACAUUUGGCCCAGAUGUCCCUCAGAUAGAUGUGACUCCAUACCAGAUAACCGAUCGAGGAUACUCAGCUCUGGAAACUGAGUCGGUAUCUUUGUCAUGUCAAGCCCAGUCCAAUCCAGCCAGCCAGUACAUUUGGUUCUACAACAACUCCCAGGUGUACACCGGGCCAAAGUACACCAUUACUAAGAUCCUCCGUAUCCACACUGGCGACUACACCUGCUUGGCACAAAACUCCCACUUAAAUACCCGCUCCAGGAAAACUGUCAGCCUUAUAGUCCACUACCCUCCAGAUGGCUCUCCCUCUUGCUCUGUGGAAUCAGCUCAGAAUCACACUUCUCUCCGGCUAUUCUGCUCCUGGGCCGGUGGAUUUCCCUCCCCAUCCCUCCGCUGGACUGGAGACAUCAUAAAACCAGGACAAGAACAAGUAGAAACUGAGCAGCGAGGUAAUCUGCAAACCAGCUCUGCCAUUUUGCUGACCUCUGAAGGCCUGAUACAAAACAACAGCUUGUUCACAUGCCUUGGUGCGCAUCCUGCAAGAAAACAGCUGGCAGAAUGCAGCACACAAACAUAUCUCCCCCCUGCAGAACCAGUGUGUUUUGCAUAUGUUACAAACAAUCAGCAAUAUCUGAUGCUGUCCUGUUCCUGGGAUGGAGGGGCCCCAAAAGCCUUGGUGUGGUGGGAGGGACCAGGGGGACAAAGCAAAGGAGGACAAGAAAACUCCAACAUCCUAGUCCUCCGUUAUGGGACCGCCCGAAGUGGGAAACCGUAUACCUGUUAUGCUAAACAUCCACUUCUGAUGGAAGCAAAGAGCUGCAGGCUCACAUUGGAGGCCCCUGUGUUGCUGACGCAGCGCAGAGUCGUGUCUGUAUACGAGGGGAGUGACGUACAGCUCACCUGCAAUCUAAGAGCCAAUUACCUUCCAACCAAUGAUAUCACCUGGUUCAACAAUCAAGGCAUAGAUGUCAGAGACACCUCAAAGUACAUGCUGCUACGAACAACCGGCUGGGCCAACCUGACAGUGAGAGACGCAGAUGAGAUGCAGGACAGCGGAGAGUAUAGAUGCUCCACUUCAAACGCAGUGGGAGGCGCUGAAAUCAAUGUAACUCUGGUGGUCAAGAAAUACCCUAUGCCACCUAAUGCAACCCUGAUCAGAGCGACGUACAACAGCCGACAUCGUAACGAGGUGGAGCUGGAGUGGCAGGUAGAUGGUGUGGAGGAGAAAGGAGGUUGGACUGGUUUCCAUCUGGAACACCAGUGGGUGUCUGAGCGACCAAACAAAAGAGGAAGCAGCAACGAAUCCCAGCUGAGGAUGGAAGAGAGGAUUGGUCCCCAAGACUGGCAGCGCACCAUCAUCCAGGAACCAGAUGCCAGGAGUCACACAGUAAGAGGACUGACUCCAACUGUUACCUACCAGUUCCGCAUAAUACCCAUCAACCAUCGCACGAUUGGACACCCCUCUGUAGCCAAGACUCCAGCUGAAUUGCGUGACAACAUGUACCCUGCUGUGGUUGGAGCAGCCGUUGGCGGGAUGCUGUUUGCAGCCAUUCCCACUGUGCUGUUACUUGUGUACAUCAUACGCAACCGUAACAGCAAUCCUCGGCUUCACGCAAUGCUGUUUGGGUCGCAGCACAGCCAGUCAAGGGAAAACAUUAACUUCCCAGAAGACGAGGUGGCUGCUAGCUCAGACGGUGGACCAGAGAGCAUCGCUGGAUCAUUGAGUCAAGGUAAAACUAUCGCAGAACCACAAGUAUCAUCUUCUGUCUCAGCUUCAUCCUCAUCAAACAAACAAGGAUCUCCCACUGCAGAUGAAAUGAGCCAAGAAUCGCCAUCUUCUGCAGGGCUGCAAGAUUGUAAUCCUACAUGAAUCUAACCGAUUUAGAGAUAUUGGAACCCAAUAUUAAUUUUACAGGCUGUAGAAAGAGUGUGUGAUUACAUCAAGAUAUUGCAUUACUGUGUGAGCAAUUUAAAGUAAGAAUUGAUUUGUUUAGGUAGUAAAAACAGUUUAAUUUUGUAGCCAACUAUUCUGGAAUUACAGAAAAGGGUGCAAAAAAACUAAACCAGAAAUAUGAAAUGUAUAUCAGAUGUGUUAAAAAUAAAACGAAAUAAGGUAAUUAAGUUGUUUCAAUAAAUAAAUGAAUUGCUGAAAGAGGGUUAUAUGUUGCUUUUUCCCCCAUAAAAAA